CCCUCGCGGGCCCCGAGCGCACCCAGGCGGGUGUGAGCAGAGCGGGGCCGCCCAGCGCGGAGCCCGGCCCCGCGGCCGCGGGAGCGCAGCGUCGCGGGAGCAGCCGCAGGAUUCCUCUGCCUGGCACAGCCCAGCGCUAUGGCAGACCCUCCCGGCUGUGGCCGGCCCUGCGCCACGUGCCUGCUCUGCCUCUACAGCUGCCAGUGGAUCACUGCCAAGAAGGAGAAGAGGAAGGGCCUGCGAACCACCAAGUGCGACUGCAGCUGGUUCCUUUUCCUCUUCUGUGUCUUCCUCUUCACACUGGUGUGGCUGUACUUCGCCAUCAUCAUCCUCAAUGAUUUCCACAACUUCAAUGAGUUCAUCUUCAAGCAGAGGAAGUUGUGGCUGGACUGGUCCCUGGUCUUGCUCAUAGCCACAGCUGUGCUAAUCACCUACUCCACUGUGCUUCUGGUCCUUGCUCUGUGCUUGCAGCUCUGUGGCCAGCCCUUGAAGCUACACUGGCUGCACAAGACCCUGCUGAUCCUCACUGCCGUGGUGGUGGCUGCAGCCUUCACAGGGCUGGGAAUAAAGUGGGCGGAGGAGUGGAGAAGUGCCCGUACCUCCCUGCAGGCAACAGGUCCCUUCCUGCACAUUGGAACUGUGGGGGGAAUGACACUCCUUGCCUGGCCCCUGGCCAGCUUCAUCUACCGUACCCGCAAGACAGGUCUCAAGGUGUUUCUGCUGAUUCUGUAUUGCAUGGUGAUGAUCGUGCUGUAUCUGGCUCCCCUGGGGAUCACCUCCCCUUGCAUCAUGGAGGAGAACCAGCUGCCCCCCAAGCCGGCCCUGGUUGGCCACCGAGGAGCACCCAUGCUGGCCCCCGAAAACACCCUCAUGUCACUGCAGAAGGCAGUGGACUGCAAUGUGCAAGUCUUUGAGACAGACAUCAUGGUGAGUGCUGACGGGGUCCCAUUCCUCAUGCAUGACGAGGAGCUCACCAGGACCACCAACGUGCAGGAUGUGUUCCCUGAGAGGGCUGCCUUGAACAGCACCGCCUUCAACUGGACAGACCUGCAGCAGCUGGAUGCGGGCAGCUGGUUCCUGGAGCGGAGGCCGUUUCCCACCGUGCAGAGUCUCUCUGCUGGCGAUCGCUCCUGGGCGACUAAACAGAGGAUCCCAUCCCUGAAGGAGGUGCUGCAGGCAACCAAGCAGAGCAACCUCUCCAUCAUGUUUGACCUCCGGCCCGAGAACCACAGUGACUACCAGAGCUUCGUCAAUGCCACCCUGGAAGUGAUCUUAGAGUCAGGCAUCCCACUGCAGCAGGUCCUCUGGCUGCCGGAUGGCUUCCGGGAACAGGUCAAACAGCAAGCCCCAGACAUUCAGCAAGUUUACGGACGGAAGAGACUCCAGGAUGAGAAGGAGCCGCUGCUGCAUGUGAAUCUGCCCUACCAGGACAUGAGCUCUGAGGAGAUCAGGCAGUACCAUCGGGACAACAUCUCUGUCAACCUGUAUGUGGUGAACCAGCCCUGGCUCUUCUCAGUGCUGUGGUGCUCUGGGGUGAGCUCUGUCACCACCAACGCCUGCCAGGUGCUGAAGGAGAUGAAACGCCCCAUCUGGCUGCUUCCCAGCAGCACGUACCUCAUGAUCUGGGUUGUUGUGGACUGCGCUUCCUUCCUCACCAUCCUCUGGGCCUUCUUCUUGCUCAAGAAAUGCUCACAGAGAAGACGGGCGGCGGAGUCCGAGACAGACGUGCUGCUCACAAAGAUCAACAGCUUGAUGCAGGAGUGAUCCCUCAGGGCUGCUGCGGUGGAGGGCAGCCAGAGCCCUGCACCGCUGCAGGAGGGAGCAUCCCUCAGGCCAGCUUCGAGUCUCCUUCCUGAGGCUCCCAUCCCCUGUAGCCUUCCUGGCUCCUUUCAUGGUGCACAACUGCCCUCAGCUGAAAAGGCCUGGAAAUGGGUCCCCAGUUCCCACGGGCAGGGAGGAACUGGAGUCUUUGCAGGGGUUUGCUGGGGCUGGCUUGCGCCUGGGGGCUGAGCACUCAUUCAGUGGUGCUAGGGCUGAGACCUCUGCCCUGGCCUUUGGUGGGGGUUUGGGUCACUGUUUGGUGCAGGGGAAGGGCAGGCUCUGCCUGUCAUCAGCAGCUCUGCAGAGGUG